AUGGCCCCCCUGUCGCGGUCCUCACUCCGCUCUGUGCGACAGGCGCCUGGAGAACCCGCCGACGGUCUGGCACCGCCGACAAAGAAACCGCGCAUCGAAAAUGCCGACCGCAAGAGCUCUCCCGAUUGUCUCGACAAAGAUCCUACCCCGAAGAAUCGUCCCAACUCAUUGAAACCCACGCGCCCGCGCACCUCCAAUCGCACUCGUCGCGACUCCUCUUCCUCCGUUGACACAGUCGCCUCCUCCGUCGGGCAAUUGGCGACUCCGGCGACACGUACAAACGGAAAUGGGAGCUUCAAGACCCCACGCGCCCGCCGUGACCAAGGUACCCCCUCCGGCGCGGAUUUGUUGCGCGGUGUUCAUGAGUCGCCAGACCCGUUAGACACAAUCUCUCCAGCGCCGUCGGUCGCGAAGCAGCGCACCCCGGCGAAUGUGGCCUCAAAUGUUAAACCGCCCGUUUCACCUGUGACCCGGACGACUCGUCGCAAUGACAAUCGAUCGCUGGCAGACACCGAUGAGAACGCGAUCAAGAAAGAGGGUGCUGUGGAGGGUGCGACUCCGACGCAAGAUAGCAAGAGCGAGGUGACUGGCGGCGAGCAGCCUACGGUAGACACACGGUCGGGGAGACGGUCGUUGCGUUCGACAGAUACCGGGUUACGGUGCAAGAGCGAGCUUGCGCAGUAUUUCCACAACUAUGAACAGAUCAUCAGUCUCGAUGUCCCCGAACCUGAGUUCCUCGCCGCUAAGACUACCAUCACUCUCGUGGACGAUCUAUCGCGACCACUACCUUUCUGCUCCAACCCCGACCCUACACCCUUCGGCAACCCGCUACUAAACCUCCACGACUGUGAAAAGAUCACCCUCCCCAAGCCCGCAUCGAGGACACCCGCAAUCGACCCAUUGAGCGAAGAGACCUAUUUCCGCGCGCACCGCAAGUUCGAACGACAAGAGAAACAACUCCGCAACAUCGAGCGCAACCGCGCCCAGCACGAACAGCAAGUCCUAGAGCGCCUCUUAGACGAGCUACGCGGCCAUGACUGGCUACGCAUGAUGGGCCUGACGGGAGUCCACGAAAGCGACAAGAAGCUCUACGAGCCGAAGCGCGACAUCCUAAUCCAAGAACUAGUCACUCUGGUCAACAAGUUCCAAGCAUGGAAAGACGAAGAGCGUCGCCGCAAGCUGGAAAAGGAAAAAGCACACCCGGUGCCAGGCACCGAGGCAGCACCGAAUGCCCCAUCCCGCCAGCACUCGCGCAGACGAUCCCGUCCCGCUGAAGACGUGGACAGCUCCCCAGCACCGGGGACUGAUCUACGAAGCACGCCAGACGUAGACGCAGACCCAGAUCUAGACCCAAGCGACGUCGACGCCUUGGCUGCGCGUCAGCUUCAUCAAGAAGCUCGCUCCGCAAGCGCUGCUAAGACGCGCAAGACAGCACCUGCUUCUCGGAAGUCUAUUUCGAAAUCCGCUCCCAAUACCAACACUACCAUCACCAGUACCAAUGACGCCGAACCAAAACCCAGCCCCAAACGCAAAAAGCCCAACCCAUCACCCACCAAACCUCACCCACAACCCCCAGCCCCAACAACCCAAAAACCCGCACCCCGACCCCUCCAACAAGCCUCCCUCACCCACUUCUGGAACCCCGCACCAAGAGAAGGCCCAUUCACAUCCUUCUUCCGCCAACGACACGUGCGCGAAGCCGCCAUCGCCGCAACAAAAGGCAUCCGCCGCGGCGGGUCCCGCUCAACCCUCGCAUUCGGGUAUCCGGUGCCUGAUCAGACAGAGCAGGAAUUCGAGCUGCCGCCGGAUAUUCUGAAUGACGAUUCCAUUCAGCAGUCGCAGCGGAAAAGGCGCAGACUUAAGCGGCGGAGUUUGGGGGGUUGA